AUGCCGCCUCGGAUACCUUUAAGAGCGCAUCAGGCCAUCCCUCCACCUGCCGUACGAUUUCGCUUACGGUUGCAGCGGAGGUAUGCUUCGACCUCUCCGAGUGCACCUGAGAUUUACGAUGUAGUAUGUGUUGGUGGUGGACCAGCCGGGCUCAGCCUGUUAGCUGGCCUGAAAGCCUCCCCAAUUACCAAUGGGCUCAAGGUCGCGCUCAUUGAGGGGCAAGAUUUACAGAGAAACCGCUUGCAGAAAGAUGCGAAUUUGGACAGCUUCUCCAACAGGUGCAGCUCGCUGACACCGGCGUCCGUGAAGAACCUACAGGAGAUUGGAGCAUGGCGACACGCGAACACCUCCCGAAUCCAACCUUACCAAGAGAUGCAGGUAUGGGACGGCGUAUCCGACGCUCGCAUAUCUUUUGAUUGGGACACCGCGCGAUCCCUCGGCCCUCGUAAACCCACCCAGCCCACGACUAUCGCGUACAUGAUUGAGAACGUCAACACGGUCUCCGCGCUUCUGGGCCGUCUCGAAGAGCUGGGAGGAGUGGACAUCUUCUCUUCUACCAAGGUAGACUCCAUUGAGCUUGGAAAGGAUACAGAACAGCUUGACCUGUCAUCGUGGCCCGUCCUCUCAUUAUCAAAUGGCAGGUCACUAGCAGCCAGACUGCUCGUGGGUGCAGAUGGCGCGAACAGCCCGGUGCGAACUUUCGCUGGAAUACCUUCUCGAGGCUUCGACUACAGCAGACAUGGCGUUGUCGCAACACUGAAGCUCUCAGGGCCAGGCUGGGGUGGUCCGGAUCACAAGAUCGCAUACCAGCGCUUUCUGCCCAGUGGACCGAUGGCCAUGCUCCCCAUGCCCGGCAACUUUGCGACACUCGUAUGGAGCACGACUCCUGAGCGCGCCGCGAAGCUCAAGUCAUUAUCUUCCACGGACUUUGUCGCUAUGGUGAACGCAGGCUUCAGACUAUCCCCCACCGACCUCGAAUACCUACACACCCUUCCUUCCGGCCAAGAGGAGGAGGUUGCAUGGCGAGAACAACAUACACCCGUCAACGAACGAUCCAUCCCCGUCCGCGUGGCAGAUGUUCAAGCGGGCACCGUCGCCUCCUUCCCGCUCCGUAUGCGCCACGCAGAUACCUACACCGGCGAACGCGUUGCCCUUGUCGGAGACGCCGCACACACCAUACAUCCACUGGCAGGCCAAGGUCUGAACCAAGGUCAAGGCGACGCCGCGGCCCUCGUCCGCACGAUAUCGCAUGCGGUGGAGACGGGUCAGGAUAUCGGAAGUACAUUGGCGCUGGAGAGCUACAAUAGCGCGCGGUAUGCGGAGAAUAAUGCGAUGCUGGGCGUGUGUGAUAAGCUACACCGCUUGUAUAGCGUGGAGUCGGGACCGAUCGUAGGGCUAAGGAGUUUAGGAUUAAGGGCGGUGGAUGCAAUGGGUCCGCUGAAGGGGUUCUUCAUGAACAGAGCUGCUGGUGGUGCGUAA